AUGUACCCGUGGGGAGCUUUGACCCUCCUGAGUGUCCUUGUCAUUCAUUCGGUAAGCGUCACACCCAUGGAAGACCAGGGCAGGUUGCUUGCAGUGAGACGCUCUCACAGACCCUCUGGUGGCCUUGGACAUGUGGACGGAGAAGCCCAUUUUAUUUUCAAGGCUUUCCUGGAGAACUUGAAAGCUAACUUCUUGAGGAACUUGAACUUGUCAGAGAUACCUUCACAAGAGAAGACGAAAGAAGAGCCACCUCAAUUUAUGAUUGAAUUGUAUAACAGAUACACCAAGGACAAGUCUUCCAGCCCCAUAUCCAACAUUGUGCGCAGCUUCAGUCCAGAAGAUAUUGGUACUCUUUCUUCACUGGAAACAAAUCCAUUUCAGAAAUACACCUUGCUUUUUAAUGUCUCCCUCCCAUGGCAUGAAGAAGUCACCAGAGCUGAGCUGAGAAUACACACCGUUUGCCAGAAGGAGUCCGAGUGUCUCUCUCAAGGAAAGUUGGCUGUUUAUGAUGUCCUGGAAAUAAAUCAUUAUGAGGAGACAAGGGACACCAAAUCUUUCCUAGUUUCCAAGGAAAUCCGAGAAUGCGGCUGGGUGAUGUUUGAUGUCUCGGGCACUGUGAAGAGGUGGGUCAAGGCGGAGAGAACAAGGGCUACCAGUCGGCUGGAGAUGGCUGUGGAGAGCUAUGCACAAAGCGAUCUCUGUGGGAGUCUGGAUGUCAGUGUAACCCCAGAGUCCAGCCAGCUGCCACUGCUGGUGGUGUUUUCCAAUGACCAUGGUAACAGAAUGAAAGAGAACCACCGGGAGCUUCAGGAAAUGAUGGUACACGAACAGGACAGUGUGCUGAAGAACUUGGUAUGGAACAACACUGCCCACAAACGAAAUAAUUUGCCUGUCCAGGAGAUCCAUCAUGCUUCGUCUAGAAGCAAGCGGAGUGUUGAAAUUAACCACUGUCGGAGAACUUCCCUCCAUGUGAACUUCAAAGAAAUUGGCUGGAACUGGAUCAUUGCACCGCAAGAUUAUGAGGCGUUUGAAUGCAAGGGCGGGUGCUUCUUCCCCCUGACCGAUAAUGUCACCCCCACCAAGCACGCCAUUGUCCAGACGCUGGUGCACUACAAAAACCCCAAGAAAGCCGCCAAGGCCUGCUGUGUCCCCACCAAGCUGGAGGCCAUUUCCAUGCUCUACAAGGACGAUGCUGGGAUUCCCACACUCAAGUACCAGUACGAGGGGAUGACGGUGGCAGAGUGCGGCUGCAGGUAGCCCCAGGGGGCCUCUCCCGGAAGCACAUGGGCCUGCGCACAGCCGCCCUCUGCGGACACUGCUCACGACGAACGGCGGAGGGCUGGGGCCACGGGACCCCAGCUAAGCUCCCGGACUUCUCUCUGCCUCCGCUCCUCUCCGCUUCCCCUUUCUGUGCGCAUGUGUGAGCUCUUGCUUGGAGGA